AUGCAAAUUCGCGAACUCGACGGUAAUAUCGCGCUAUUCCCACUCUGUAGACUGGGUUAUGUCAUGAACAAAGUGAUAAAACUAGUGGAGAAAAAUCACCUGAGCGACACACCGGUCGUUGCUAAUAUAGCUGGAGACGUCGACGACGACGAUGGCAGUUUUCGGAGCGAGGUAGAAGCGCGCGGGCGCGGUACGGAGCCAGCGUUUCUCCACGAGCUGCACUCAACGCUGGCACCGCCUGCCGCGCCCGACCACCACUGGCAGCACACCAUUAUCCUCAUCCUCAAAGGCUUGGUCUUCACAACAAUCAUUCUCGGCGCAUUAUUCGGCAACGCGCUCGUCAUUAUCUCAGUCCACCGGCACAGAAAGCUUCGGGUACUCACCAAUUACUACGUGGUCAGCCUCGCCGUUGCUGAUAUGCUUGUGGCACUCUGUGCGAUGACCUUCAACGCUAGUGCUGAAAUGACUGACGCCUGGCUCUUCGGCCCUUUAGUCUGUGAUAUCUUCAAUUCUCUUGACGUCUACUUCUCAAGCGCUUCUAUACUUCACCUUUGCUGCAUAUCAGUUGACAGAUACUACGCUAUAGUACGACCAUUGGAGUAUCCAGUAACAAUGACACAUAAAACAGUAUGUUUCAUGCUAGCCAAUGUCUGGUUGUGGCCCGCUUUCAUCAGUUUCGUGCCGAUUUUUAUGGGAUGGUAUACGACGGAGCAACAUCGACAAUACAGGAAAGAAAAUCCUGACGUGUGCAUCUUUAAAGUCAAUAUAGUUUAUGCAAUCGUGUCAUCAAGCGUUUCGUUCUGGAUACCGAGUAUCGUCAUGAUAUCAAUGUACUGCAGGAUAUUUCGUGAAGCUAUUCGACAAAGGGAAGCUCUGACCAGGACUUCUUCGAACAUUCUUUUAAAUUCUGUCCAUAUGAAGCACACGUCACACUCGGCGCAUCAUUCACAUUACCUCCACCCGGACAGAAGGCCGUCCGACAUCAGUCCAAAUUACAGCACGUUCACAGAAGUUGGGCCCGAAGAAACAGAGUUUGGUGAAGUUGUGAUGGCUUUAGGAGAUAUUUGUCCCAGUAAAGAAGCCAGUCCAAGAAAGUCGGUGAACGUGAGUUGUGACACAGCCAGUUCUGGAUAUUGUUCUGGAGGUUCCAAUAAAAGGUCUUCGAGUGGGCAGCCGCCUCCAGGGUGGAGACCUAGUUGCUCAUCAGCUGUGGCUACUAGGGAUUUAGCAAAGGCUGCCACGGAGCUAAAUACACAAGGUGCGUCGAUACGCGCGGCGGGGAAGUCUUGGAGGGCGGAACAUAAGGCCGCGCGCACGCUCGGCAUCAUCGUCGGCGCGUUUUUAUUGUGUUGGCUGCCGUUUUUUCUUUGGUAUGUAACAACAAAUGUGUGUGGCGAGCCAUGUGAAACACCGGCAGUUGUCGUCGGCGUUUUGUUUUGGAUAGGUUACUUCAACUCGGCGUUAAACCCGCUCAUAUACGCGUAUUUUAACCGCGACUUUAGAGAUGCGUUUAAAAACACGCUCAUGUGUGCGCUGCCUUGCUGCUUCAGCUGUUGGAAGGACACAGGAACGGCGCAGUUCGUGUAGUGAUGGCGGACGCGCGACUAAAAAUCGCAGGAACAUUUAAUGUGAUAGUCGCGAGUGGAAAGUUUGCGUCAAUAUACGCACAGAAGAGUUGUUUUUUGUACUUCUAUACAUUAUUUCUGCGUUUAUUAUUAUCAAAGUGACAUUAUAAACAUGAAAGAUUGUAUAAAAAAUAUUUUAAAAAUAUAACCAUAACAAAAACAACACUGUGAGUCAAGACUCACGAAUUAUAUUUCUUCUUCUUAUGAUUUAAAUGUUAGGUAGCGUUAUUAUUUUUGUAGUCCAUUAUUUUGUUAGUAUGAAAUAGAAUUAUCACUUAAAAAUUUAAUGUUCUCUUUAGGUGCUUUCGAAACAAUAUUUCCAUAUUUCAGAUCAAAUAAAAUCAACAUUCCAAUAUCAGAAAAAGGAUAAUAUUACUGUGUACUAUUAGUUAAAAUCUUCUAUACAGUAUCGAUAUUUAGCAUUGCUUACGACAAUCAAUCGUACCGCGUUUGUAUGAAUAAUAGCAGGUAGUUUGAAAGUAAACAUAUUGAUAGAUGUCAUAAUAAGAUUCCCACUUCAUACAAAAUUAUUUAUUUGGAAAAGUGAAAGUGUAUGUGAAAAUUUCUCACGUAAGAAAAAUUAAUCAAGUUUAAUGCUUAAAAGAGACUGGUGUAACUGUUAAUCAUAAGAACUCUAAAUAUUAUUUGUACGCAAAAAUUAACGUCGUAUUGGUGUUUCACAACUUGACGGUUGUAAUUUCUUUAUAAGAAACCUUCUAUCGUUAAGUUUUAUAUUAUUUAUCGCCGCUUGCGCGAUUGCGACUUUCCAUGACGCUUCGAACUGCGUUUAGUCGCCGCCGCUUAGUAGCAAGUCUGUUAUAUACACUCUAGAUACAAUACGUUAUAGAGUUCUAUAAUUUGUAAUAUAGCAAUAUAUGUAUAUUUAUAAGCUUCAAUAAGGCUAUAUAAUAAUUGCUCAAGUGUACGUGAGUGAGUUUUGUUUACGACGGCAAUAAACAUCGCUUAGUGUUAAUUAGUAUAAGCUUAUUAGCAGUAGUGCGUCAAUGUAAUUUGGAUUUUGGACUUUAUUAAAAUGACAUAAGUCCGAAAAUCAUUAUUCUAUCACUCUCACUUCACAUAGCUGCCGCUAAAUCUUAUAGCUCUAAAUUCCAAUGGUCUUACUGGCCAAUGGAAAAUCAGUCUUAAGGAAAAAUACAGUUAGUAACACAUUCGCUUAAUUACGAAUUCGUCUCAAAAGAUAAUGAAAUUGGAAAGCCAUGUACAUUGUAGCGCAAAAAAAAAGCGCAAUUACCUAGAUUAUGAAAUCUAGCUUCAAAUUCAGUCUUCAAUUUGGACUCAACUACCAAUAUUAUCCGAUAAAAUUUUGCAAUCGAUAUGAAAAAGCACAUCCUAAAACUGUGCCAAAUUUCAAAUGAAUGUUUUCAAUAUUUGCUUUAUUUCUCCAAUAUUUUUUACUCUUCAUUUUUGCACUACUGCUGAAUAUGCCACUAGACAUUAUAUUUAAAGUUAUAAGGCACAUCAUUAUAAGUGAUAAAAGUAAAAUCUAAGUACAUGCUACUAUUGUUCGACAACUAAUAUAUCAGCAGGUAAGUAUAUUUAAAGUAAAAUAUAAUAUUUAUUUAUAUUCAAAAUUAACAGGGAAGAAUGCAUUAAGAAUAAUGAGGAUAUUGCCAUCACAAAGCGAUUAUAGUAACAGUAGGGACUUGCUCGAAUCUUAUGUUUGUAUGCGGCUGAAUGUUAAAUUAAUUUAUAUAAAAACCAACCCUAUUUUUGAUCCGACGAGGGAUGAGUCAUUCUGGUGCCUUCAAUUAUCACAUCCAGUAUAUCUAUCUAUUAAAACAGAAUAGUCUUCAGGCGAUCGUCGAGAGGCGAAGUCUUUCUUUAGUCCUUAUGACGCCACGCAGUCGCUAUCAUUUUGUUGCCGGAAACACUACACUAAUAUGAAACUUAUAGGUGUUUCAGCAACUUUAGCAACUGUUGGUUUCAAGUAAUUUCUCGCCUAGAAGUAUUCAUCGCUGUGCAUAGUCUAUAAUAAAUUUGGAUUCCUCCGUGUAGUGGCCACUUAAUCCUUACUUAAUUUGGCAAAACGAGUAGCUUUAUUUAUUCCCAAAAUAAAAAUAAGCACAAUCCGUCUAACACAAUGACAAUAUAAAAUAAUUCCAACUCUUAAAUGUUAAUUUUCGUUUAUUUCAAGCGCCAUUUACCAAUAAUCAAUCACUUCGAAACAUUCGCAUUAGAUCGUCGACGCGUGUAGACCUCACGCAUAACUUACGAAGGCAAUAACGCGCUAAAUUUAAAAAUAAACAUCGAUUUUUAAGUAUAAUGGCUUUAAGUUACUACAAUAUAUUUAUAUACUUGAAUGGAAUAUUUAUGUUCAUACAUAGCAGUGGGAGGGAGAAAUCAUUCAUAUUUAGAUUGAUUUCUUCCGUCAACGUAAAUAAUAAAUUUUAAAGAUUUAACAAACGAUAUUCUUAUUUAAAUUAUAAUCAUUCCCUCGAAGUAUUAAUAAAUUAUUUGAACGCAUCGAUGCCACGUUUUAUAAAAUGUACUAGUUUCUCUCGUUCCCCAUAGCAAAUAGGACAAAACAAA